GUUGGCCUUCUUUAUUUCUCCACCACAGCCUCGUCUGGCGUCAAGCGCCGCACAACCUCAAAUCGUCUCGGAAGCGACUUUCUGGUCUGGACUCUCUACAAACAGACGAAGCAUCUGAAUUCCAUCUCAACGACACAUAAGCUGAAUACAAGAAGCUCAUAUUUUUGACUUCAAUUCUACUUAUUAUAUUAUGUCUGCCACUACAGUUACCCCAGAGGUCCUCUGGGCCCAGCGCUCAAACGCAACCGAGCCAGAGAAGAACUACAUCUACCUCACCAUCUCCGUGCCCGACUGCAAGAAGGAGGACCUCAAGCUUGAUCUCAAGCCCACCGGCCUCACCUUCAGCGGCAAGUCCGACAGCCUGAAGAAGUCGUACCACGUUGAGCUCGAGCUCUUCGCCGAGAUCGAUGUCGAUAACAGCAAGAUCAACCACACCUCCAAGAACAUCGAGCUGGUUCUCAGGAAGAAGGAGGCCAAGGAGGAGUUCUGGCCAAGACUCCUCAAGGACUCGAAGAAGGUCCACUACCUGAAGACUGACUUUGACAAGUGGGUUGAUGAGGAUGAGCAAGAGGAGGCACCAGAGGAGGACCUCGGUGGAAUGGGCGGCAUGCCACCAGGAGGAAUGGGCGGCAUGGGCGGUGCAGGAGGAAUGGGUGGUAUGGACAUGGCCUCCAUGAUGGGCGGCAUGGGCGGUGCAGGCGGCGACUUUGGCGGCAUUGAUUUCUCCAAGCUCGGUGCGAUGGGCGGAAUGGGAGGAAUGGGUGGAAUGGGCGAUAUGGAUGAUGAGGGAGAGGAUGAUGAUGAGCUCCCCGCGCUCGAGGAGCAGGAGGGAGGUGACAAGGCAAAGUCCUCCGACAAGAUUGAGGAGAUCAACUAAGCGCGUAUGGGGUGUCGAUAGACCGCCUGUGUCUGUGACGUGGGCCUAGGUUGGGGAGUAUCAAGAAAGGGUUAUUUGGCAGAGGAAACUAAAAUAGCAUUUUCUUGUUGAAUAUUUCCACUACAUAUCGGACU